CCUAUGUGUGAGAUCAUGACCUGAGCUGAAGUUGGACCCCCAACCCACUGAGCCACCCAGGCACCCCUGUUUUACCCUUUGCUUCUUGCAAUGUUACUUAUAUCAGAGCAGCUUUCCCUGAAUAGUGUAUAUUAUUAAAACAAAACAAAACAACAACAACAAAAACCUUCCUUCCCUGGUAGCCCCCCUUAUUCUGCUUCAGUUUUCAACAUAGUAAUUUUCAGCCUGUGACAUUUUUUGUGGAUUUGCCUGAGUUCCUCCAUUAGUAAGUUCAUACGAGUAGUUUUGUUCCCUGGCACUGCCCGGACUUCUAGUACAUUAUAGGUUCUCAUUAAAUAUCUAUUAAUGAAUGGUGAUUCAUAAACUCUUUUGAAUUACAGCAUGAAACUUCCUAUUGCCUGUGAUUUCUUAAGUACUAAAAAGUGUCUUGCCAAAGGAGGGGAUAGACUUCACUGUCACUUAGGAGUUUUGAAUUUGGGGCAGGUUAUGCUCUUCUUCAGCUUGCUUCUUUGGCCCUGAGGAUCCAUAACCCUGGACCUGUAGUUUAUUCAUUUCAUCAGUCAGAUACUAGGUGAUGCAUGUUGUGUGGUAAGCAUUGUAGAGGCCCCGGAGGGGCCGUGCCCACAAGCAGCUCACAGUCUGCCAGAAGAGACAGAUGCACAGUCAGAGUGACUUCUGGGCAUGAGUAAGAUGGACACACAACACCCGUCAGGGAUUUAGGUGGGGAAUUCUUUGAGGAAGAUGAUAACAUAGAGUUAAAACAAGAUUUAUUUACAAUAGUUGAAAAAGAAGCCCACUGCUGCUUUUUUCCCCAGGCUUGUAGGUACUUUUCCAACAUGUUAAGUCAUUUCCUUAGGUUGUGCAUAUAUUUCACUUAAAUUCAAACUGGCUUGUCUUUCUGAUGAUUGGCAGUUACUUAAAAGUUAAGAGUGUGGAGGAUUUAGAGCAUUUGAUAGAACGUCCAGCCUCUUCCAUAACUGCUAUUUUGAAAUCUGUGAUCCUCUCCCAGUCUGACAUAUGGUCUUGUGGUUGUGACCAAGGCAAAUGUCACUAUUCGUAUGGUAGUCUACAGAUCCUUAUCAAAAGCUUUUGGGCCAGAUGUGUUCUGGUAGGCAGAGGUUUUUGGAUUUUAGGAAGGUAAGGCAGCAUACAUGCUGUCUAUUAUAUAAUGCUCUCAGCGGGAUUUGGGGGGAGCACUCUCUAGUAAAACAAUUUCUGUAGUGAAAUGUAUGAGUGGAGAACAAAGUGUCAUAAAGCUAGCUUGUGUCCAUUCAGGUCUAGACAGGGGACUACAGACCUACCCAAAACAAAACGAACAAGUGGAAGCAAAAUAAGCCUCAAUUUUUAAUGCCUUUUGGAUUUUGGGAUCGCAGACCAGGAGCACUGUUGAUUGAGGGUUAACGGUGUGGGGAAGGCUCUGCUGGAUUCUUCUCAUCUGAUUUAUUCUCCACAACACUGAACUCAGGUGCUUUUAUUCUCAUCUUCAAGUCAUACUUGAAAGGUUCAGAAGGGGUGUAUCCCAGAUUGGUAUGGCUCUAAAGCCUGUCUCUACAACACGAAGCAGUCAUGUGAGGGCUUUACCUUUGCUCAGACUCCAGGCCCUUGGUGCCACCGGCAUUGCUCACCUAAACCAUUACAGCCGCCUCUGCUUGGUCUCCUUACUUGCACGGCUCUGCUUCCCUUUUCACACCCGUCCCUGCCCCCAUACCCUCUUCUUUACAUGGUAUCAGAGUAAUCCCUUAAAACAUAAAUCCAAUCACAUCCCCCCUCUAAUUAGAGAACCUCCAGUAACUUCCUAUUGCAAUUGUAAUAACAUCCACCAGCACCUACUGUGAACUACAAGGUAGGUCUCUGUGGGUGGAGCUGGCCCACCUCUCUGUCUCAUUUCCUACUCUUCCUCCUCAUUCAGUGUGCAGCAACCCCUUUGAUCUUUUUGUUAUCUUUUCAAAGGCCAUACUGGUUCCUGACAUACUCUUCCCCCAGAUCUUGAUAUGAUGGACUUUCUCAUCAUUCAGUCUUCAUUUAAAUAUUGUGUUCGACGAAAGGUCUUUCCUGAUCGCUGUGUCUAAAACCACCUCCCUCAUAUCUCUGUCCCCACCAAGAGGAAUCAUCCUCUAUGCCGCACCCCUAUUUAAUUUCAUUGUAGCACUUUUGGCCAUCUGACCAUCAUAUCAACCACUCCUGUUAUUUGUUUCUAUACAUGGUCAUUUUCUGUCCUCCCUCAUGGGAUGCAGGUAGGGUCAUAAUCUGCCUUGUUCACGUGUGUAUACUCCCUGUCUGAACAGUAAAUGAUGAGCAUUUACUGAAUAAAUGAAGAAAGGAUACACAGAAAACAGCAGAUGAAGGAAAAGGAGAUGAUGAGGAAGUCGAACGUGGAGUAUUUAAUUUCAGUUACUAGAAGAAAUGGCCAAUCAUCGUCCACCAAGUUAUUUUAUAGAAGAACUUAAUGUAUACUGUCAGAAGCGCAACAUGGAGCUUAAGUAUCAGGAACUGUCUAAGACAGGACCUGCACAUAACUUAAGGUUUACAUUUCGAGUUAUCAUAGAUGGGAGAGAAUAUCCAGAAGCUAAAGGUAAAUCAAAGAAGGAGGCCAAAAAUGUUGCAGCCAAAUUGGCUAUUGAAGAACUUAAUAAAGAAAAUAAGGUGGUUAGUUCUGUACUGCUGCCAACAACGAAUUCAGCAGAAGGACUAGGAUCCACUGGGAACUUCAUAGGCCGUAUCAAUAGACUUGCCCAGAAGGAGCAACUCCCUGUAAAUUACGAACAAUGUGAACUGAGAGAACCUGGGCCGGGAAGAUUUCAUUAUAGAUGCAAAAUUGGACAGAGAGAGUAUGGUGUUGGUGUAGGUGCUACUAAACAAGAGGCCAAACAGUCAGCUGCUAAGCUUGCGUAUGAGCAGAUACAAUUAGAGAAAACCUCAAUGAAUGCUGACCCAGUAUUAACGGGUUCUUUGAUUACUUCGCCCAGUGACUCUGCAGCAAACACCUUGGUGAGAAGCAUAUUUGCUUCUGAAUCAUCACCUGCAAAUGAUUUCUCGGAAAAUUCAUCAGGAGGAAGUUGUAACAGCAGCAAUGCAAACAAUUCUUCACCUCUUAUGAACAAUGUCAGAAGUAAUGAAAAGAAGGUGAAAAGAACCUUGGCACCUACGUUUAACUCUCCUGUGACAAAAGACAGCAGGUGCUCUGUGGAACUCAGGUUUACCAAUGAUUUUACGGAAAUAACACUGAUUGGCUCAGGUGGAUAUGGCCAAGUUUUCAAAGCCAAACACAAACUCGAUGGGAAGACUUAUGUUGUUAAACGAGUUAAAUAUGAUAGCGAGAAGGUGGAGCGUGAAGUAAAAGCCUUGGCAGACCUUAAACACCCAAAUAUUGUUCACUACCACAGUUGUUGGCUUGGGGACGAUUACUAUACUGAGGACAGCAUUAACACUUUCAGACCAAAGACUAAGUGCCUUUUCAUCCAAAUGGAAUUCUGUGGUAAAGGAACAUUGGAGCAAUGGAUUGACAGCAGAAGAGGCAAGGAACCAGACAAAUAUUUGGCUUUGGAAUUAUAUGAACAAGUAAUAGAAGGUGUGAAUCACAUUCAUCACAAUCAGUUAAUUCAUAGAGACCUUAAGCCAAGUAACAUAUUUUUAGUAGCUACAAAAUCAGUAAAGAUAGGAGACUUUGGACUUGUGACAUCUCUGAAAGAUUAUGUAAAGCGGACAGCACAUACAGGAACUCUUCAAUACAUGAGCCCAGAACAGAUGUCUUCACAAGAAUAUGGAAAAGAAGUGGACAUCUUUUCUUUGGGGCUAAUUCUCGCGGAACUUCUUUACAUAUGUCCCACCGUUUCAGAAACAUUAAAGAUUUUUGAAGCGCUAAGGGGCGGCAAGAUCCCAGAUGUAUUUGAAAGCAAAGAAAAAAUUCUUCUGCAGAAAUUACUGUCACCUGAACCCCAAAAACGGCCUCAUGCGUCUGAGAUAUUGGAGACCUUGAAGGAGUGGAAGAAUGUUGCAGAGAAAAAGAAACGAAGCACAUGUUAGAGCGCUUCUUUAAAAAAGUA